UUACUUGCAGGUAAAAAGGGGGGCCAUAAAGGCCGAGCGCGGCAGUAUACCAGCCCUGAAGAGAUCGAUGCCCAGCUGCAGGCUGAGAAACAGAAGGCCAGGGAAGAGGAAGAGGAGCAAGAGGAAGGUGGCCCGGGGGCCUCCGGAGAACCCAAGAAGAAGGAGAAAUCGCUAGAUUCGGAUGAGAGCGAGGAAGAGGAGGGCGAGGACUAUCAGCCGAAGCACAAAGGAGUGGAAGGCAUGAUCGACAUAGAGAACCCCAACCGGGCGGUGCAGACCGCGAAGAAAGUCACCCAGCUCGAUUUAGAGAGCCCGAGGGAAUUGUCGCGGAGAGAACGAGAAGAGAUUGAAAAACAGAAGGCGAAAGAAAGGUACAUGAAGAUGCACCUGGCAGGGAAAACGGAACAGGCCAAGGCCGACCUCGCCCGGCUAGCCAUCAUCCGGAAACAGAGGGAGGAGGCAGCCAAAAAGAAGGAGGAAGAGAGGAGAGCUAAAGACGAAGCGGCCAUGGCUGGCAAGCGGAUGCAGUCGCUGUCCCUCAACAAGUAAAGGCAGCCCCCGCACCCCGAGAGGAGGGACACCCCCUGGGACGGUGCUGGGCCUGGCACCUUCGGACUCGCUGCGGCGUCAUUUCCCAGAGAGGCUGCAGGAGGAGGGCAGUGGGCGGCAAAGGCGGCACCUCUCAUCAAGAGACACUGACCGCUCCGUGUUCGUCUUCAUCUGGGCACAGAGUUCCACGGGAUUACUUUUUUUGGGGGGUAGGGGGGGCACGCAGGCGAGGGGAGGGGAAAGCGGCAGGGGGAGGGCAGGAGAUCCGAGCACUCUUUCACCUUUGGAGCAAACAUUGUGACAACACCGACGGUUGCAUUAAAAUGACCGGGGGAUUUUUUAUUUUAUUUUUCGGGAAAGGGGGCAAAAAUACCGCCGCCAGCUGAACGGUUUGAUGUGGUUAAUUUCGGGUGGGAGGCCGACGGAGGCGGAAGGUUUGCUGGGGAGGGGGCCGAUCGCUUCAGCUAGCUUUCAGGGAACUAGGGGGGGGAAUGAGUAGCUUGGACCCCCGUAGGUGCAUUUCCAAAAAAAAUAUGGGGGGGGGGACGCCGUACGCUUUGGCAUGGACCUAGACUGCAGAAGAAUCCGGGGAAAUCAACCGUUACGAGGCAGAGGUGGAAUCUUUGACACACAAACACACCACACGCCCCCCAACCCAUUAGCUGUUUCGGUUUUCUCUUUUCCACCCUCUUUUCUUUCUUCUUCCUUUUUUUUUUUUUAAAGCCGUCCUUUUCAUUUCUUUCCUCCUCCUCUGAAAGUCGAUAAUGAGUUUAUAUUUUUUUUAAAAAAAAACACACACACACAAACCCCGGGAAAAACGAAAACCAAGAGAAAGGCAUCUUCGGGAUUGUGCAUCUUUGCAGAAUAGAGGCAGGCGAGAGAGAGAGAGAGAGAGAAAAGAGAAAAACCUGUAUAUUUGGCUGAAUAAAGUUUAAAUUAUCGUAACGG